GAGGAUCCGGGAGGCCUCUCCCUACGGGCACCUCCCCUCCUGGCGCCUCCUCUCCGUCAUCGUCAAGUGCGGCGACGACCUCCGGCAGGAGCUGCUGGCAUUCCAGGUGCUCAAACAGCUCCAGUCCAUCUGGGAGCAGGAGCGCGUGCCGCUCUGGAUCCGGCCCUACAAGAUCCUGGUGAUCUCUGCGGACAGCGGGAUGAUCGAGCCCGUGCUCAGCGCCGUGUCCCUGCACCAGAUCAAGAAGCAGUCGCAGCUGUCGCUGCUGGAUUAUUUCCUGCAGGAGCACGGCAGCUCCAACAGCGAGAGCUUCCUGAGCGCCCAGCGCAACUUCGUGCGCAGCUGCGCCGGCUACUGCCUGGUGUGCUACCUGCUGCAGGUCAAGGACAGUCCGUUCCCGCGCGCUCCGCAGGUGAUGGGCGGCCUGGACGGGGACAUGUUCAACUACUACAAGAUGCUGAUGCUGCAGGGGCUGAUCGCCGCCCGCAAGCACAUGGACCGCGUGCUGCAGAUGGUGGAGAUCAUGCAGCAAGGCUCCCAGCUGCCCUGCUUCCACGGCUCCUCCACCAUCCGGCACCUGAAGGAGCGUUUCCACAUGAACCUGACGGAGGAGCAGCUGCAGCUGCUGGUGGAGCAGCUGGUGGACGGCUCCAUGCGCUCCAUCACCACCAAGCUCUACGACGGCUUCCAGUACCUCACCAACGGCAUCAUGUGAAUCCCCAGAGGCAGCAGCAGACACACAGCAAACAAACAAACAAACAAACAACAAAAUUCCCCGGAGGAAAAAGGAAAAAAAAAACCAAAAAAAAAGAAAAAUCCCCCCCCUCCCCGUCCCAGGAAGAAACGGGAGAAUCCCGAGGAAUCCCGAGGUUCCCAGGGAGAAACGGGAGAAUCCCGAGGAAUCCCGAGGUUCCCAGGGAGAAACGGGAGAAUCCCGAGGAAUCCCGAGGUUCCCGUUGUUGUUCCCUGCCACGGAUCCGGGGCCGAGGUUUGGCUGCUCCCGGCCUGGACUCUGCUGAGAGACCGGACGGAAUUCCAUGAAAAAGCCGGGAAAAAGGGCGGGAAAGGAGGGGGGGGGGAGGGGGGAUCCCCCUUUCCUCCACCUGGAAUUCCCUGGAAUUCGCCCCCAGUCCCAUGGAACGUGCAGGAUGGGAAGGGGGAGGGGUCUCCUGGAGGUUGGCAGUCCCAAAAUCCCGGAAUUCCCGGAAUUCCCGGCCCUGUGGGGUCCUUCCCUCUGCUGGGACAGCCAGGGAUGGCUGGGGGGGGGAUUCCCGGUGGGGAAUUCCCAGGUGGGGAAUUCCCGGUGGGAUUCCCGCCAUUCCAGGAAUUCGGGGCUGGGACUCCCCCUCCUUUCCCGGGUAAUUCCAGCCGGGAAUGCGGGGCUGGAAUGUCGGACACGGGGUGGGGGGGGUUUGGGGGCCUGGUCCCGAUCCCAAAUCCCAAAUCCCAAAUCAGGGAGGAUCCAGAGCUUCCCAGGGAGGGAAAAUUUCCUGGAGUUUCCCCUCCCCCUUCCCCCGGGCCUGG